AGCGGCUACUUGUGGCUCCGAGCCAGAAAUGACGAUUCUUACCGGAGCUUCCCGAGGACCGCCGAAACUACUCCCGAUCUGGACCCUAUUGAAGUCUGUUGUUGUCGGGUAGGGGGGUGAUGGGGUGGACGACAUUAGCGAAAUAAAGAAGAAGAAAAAAAGGAGAUUUCCAGAGAGCCAUCAGUCCUGAGCCCCUCCCAGUUCUGUGAUUUUCGGAUUCGAGGACUGACGAAGAGACCGACCAUUCAAGAUGAAAGUAAUCAGCGCUGCAGUGCUUAGCGCCCUGUUCUGCACCGUUGUGUCAGCAUCUUUGAAAGUUAAAAAGGAAGAAAAGACAGCCUUCUUCGGAGAGGACAUUCACAUCGACGUCCCGCCUGGGAACCUCGGUGAGGUUGUGUUCAUACCCAGGACCAACCGGUCGUCUGAGGUGGUUCUGCUGCGAGCGGGCGUGGUGGUGACCCCCCGGGGCCAUCUCAACUCUCUGGGCCACCUGGUGCUGGAGGACAUGCAGGAGGAGGACGAGGGGGAGUACAUCAUUAAGAACACCAACAACCCCAACGCAGCCAAGCACCUCACCCUCGUUGUCAGGGAUUGCUCUUUGGAGCAAGUGGUGAAGUACGGAGAAACUUACUACAUCCAUCUCAACCAGGUGGAAGGCCCCAUCACUCUGGAGUUCAGGCCCGGUCUGGUUCAGGCCAAUCACAGUGAGAUACAUGGUACAACAGAGCCUCCGCCCGUGGUGCUGUACAACCAGACGGCGGUGCUGCCAGAUUACGCGGGCCGUCUCAGCGUGUCAGAGAAGCGGGUGACGCUGCACUCGGUCAGGAUGACGGACGAGGGGAGCUUUACAGUGCUGGACCGUGAGGGCAAAGUCAAGAGGAGGAACUGUCUGAAUGUCAGAGAACACCAGAACUUCCUGCAUCCCUCCCAUGGAGAAAACCUGAAGGUGAAACUCUACCGGCCCCAUGCCAAUGUUAACAUUGUCUACAGGCCCAAAUCAGGCAAUCAGGACCGGGUCAUCCUGGACCAGGGGGUUCUGGCGACGCCGCUGGACCCUCUGCUGGAGGGCAGGCUGACUGUGGAGGGAUCGGAGCUCAGCAUAAAGAAGGUCCAAGUGGCAGACUCAGGUGUCUUCAAAGUGACAGACCUGGAUGGGUUUCCCGUGGCUCAUGUCUACAUCGAGGUAGAAGCCUAUAAGCUGCCUCCCCUGACAGUAGCCAUCCUCUCCCUGCUGAGCGUGAUCGCCUUCAUGCUGCUGGUGUGCCUGCUGUCCUGUGUCUAUAGAAUGCACAAGAGGAACGAGAAGAACAAGAAGCUGAUCCUCAUUGCUCAGCAGGCCGGCAAGGGAGACGGCGAGGCUUUCAGACAGGUGGUCCAUGAGGCUUACAACAGGUUCGCCGAGGAAUCUCUGAUGCACUCUGUAAGUGAGAGGCCCACGGAGAGCACCGAGGUAACCAUAAAGGGCCUCGAGGUGUCCAAACCGGGCCGCUACCACACUCUCUCCUCAGACAAUUUUCUGGAGAUGAGUGACUCUGGAGUGGAGUUCACCAGCUCUGGCCUCCCACUGGACAGUGACACCGAUGCGAUGACCUACGCCUCCCACAAGCCCCUCCUGAAUGCCGUCUUCCCUACAGCCAUGACCGAAGAAGUUCACAUCGACAGCCCGGAGGCCACCCUGGCCCCCCACGGCGACCUCAGUGCCAGCCGGACCCCUGACUCCGCCAUGAGUGCCAGCCCCGCCUCCAAUCCUCGCUCACUUGCAGCUGCCACCCCCGAUGGCAGCCUGCACGGUGCUGUCUCACCGGGAGCGGCCUCCAGGGGCACAGCUGGGUCGGAUUUAGCCAAAACGGAGGGAGGGGCUGAUUGCGAAGAAGCUGGGCAGAAGGAGGAAUCGGCUCAGAGCACCUGAGAGGAUGCACCAGGGUGUAUUUUUUUUUUUUAACUCAUUGUCCUCAUACAGUAAUGACAUCCACAAUAAUCUGGCUCUGUAUAUCACAUCCAAACACCAACGAGUCCUUGAACACUGCAUUUGAAACAUCAUAGACAAAAUAUUCAUGCUUGGAUUCAAAUGUCAGUUUAGCCUAAAAGAAAAUAAAAAUAAAAAAGGCAGUUGCACAAAAUGCACAAUACAAAAUGUCAUGCACUUAGCACUGAAAAAAAUGGAUGCGAAAGGUCAACCUUUAGCUCUAUCAAAAGAAGAACAAAGUCAUUCUGUGCAUAUGGAAAAUGCAUGCAUUUAAAUUAAACAUUAAGGUAGAUAUAGUUCAGAUCUACAGGAAGAUGCUGACGUUAGAGUAGACUGACUGCAUGCAAGCUUCAAUGGGCCGAAGACGCACCGGCUCAAAGGGAAGUUACGAUGAUGUGAAAAGGGAAAGUGCUCUCAGCACUUUCAGGAAAACACCUAAAUGGGAUCAGAUUUCACCACCUGUUGAACGUUGUCAAAAAUAAUUACAGGAGCCUGACAGCUUUGACAGCUGGAGUCAGCACGCUCCAAGUAAUCAGACAAUAAUUUCUAAGACCAAGGCUACUGACAACAGCAGCUAAGAGCUUCUCCUGUAUGGAGUCGAAUCUCAGCAUGUUGCCUCUGACAGCACUUUUGUCUGCUCUCACAGCAUCAGACAAACACUGCAAUGAUUGCAUUUCAUCCCACCCACACACAGACUCUAUUAACAAUACGAGUAUAUCAGAAGGCGUCUCUGCCUCUCAGACACAAUUCCUUGUCUCAGCACUCAUUCCUUCCGAUAUCCAUGAGAAAAACGUAUUCUUUCUGAAAAACCUGUAAACUGAAGCAAGCUUUGUAGAUUGAAUAACACCACUCCUACUCCAGUGGUUGUUUCCCUUUCUCUCAUAUAUUUUGUGUCACAUCUCCCACAUUUGAAGGCAUAAUCUAAAGAAACCUGUCGAAACGUCCGCCUCAUGUCACUCACACUAAUGAUCAAUUCCAGAUAAAACACCCGCAAGAACGACGGCUAACUGUAGAAACUAUCCUCAUCUGUUUUUGUUGUUGUUGUUUUUUUUCCCCCCAGUGGAGUUGUCACAAGCCCUAUCAUUGCAAAAUAAAAUUAAGAGAAGACUGUGCAUCACUCCAGGGACUUUUGGAACAGCUCCCGAGAACAUAAUUGGAUUCUUGGUCUCUUUUCAGAAGGACCGAUUCACGGACACCAUAGAGUGAGGAGCGGUGAUAAAAGAGACGACAGAGAUGGAACAGGCGACUAUUCGGGGAACAGAUAAAUGACUUGCAUGAUUUAAAGCGUCCUAUUUUCAUCUCAGCUCCCAUCCAUCGGACGGAGCUCUGAUUAUUGUAGUCCAGUUGUUUGCCAAAAUGAAGUGACUGGAACGCAGUCGGAUCAAUCUGAGAUAACGAAGCAGCCUACAGCCCCAACGGAAUGAGACUGAAUAACAGUGAUUAUGAAAGGGGUGUGUGUGUGUGUGUGUGUGUGUGUGUGUGUGUGUGUGUAGAUGUUUCAUACAAAGCAACCAACACUAUUAGACAUCCAAUGCUCUGCAUGGAGACGUGAUUCCUUCCAGCUCAGGAAAAAUAGGAAAUGAGAAAGAGGCGGUCAUUCUGAGCAUACAAAAUUCUGAAUGAAUGGCUACUAUCAAUAACGCAAACAAAAUGGUAAGCCCUUACAUUUGCUGUGUGCUCUAUGAAUUCAACCCCACCAACUGUGCAACAUACAAUUCAGUCAUGCAACUAUUGACUUUACCAGUAAUAGUGUGUAAUAUGUAUGGUAUAGGAAGGUCAAAUGUUUACAACCACUCCAGUUUAAAUGCACAGUAUUCAGCUAUUCUGUGACCAUGUUACACCUUGUAUAUUUGUUAGUGUAAAGAGCUCUAAAGCAUGUGUGGGUUUGAAAAAGGACAGAGGAUGGUGGUGCAGAUGUACCACAGGUAGCUCUUAAAUGUCAUCCUUGGAUAAUAUCUGUAGUCACGGUUUUUGUUCAUCUUUAAUUACACACUUAACAACUAUGAACACAUUUCGUCACAGAAAGACAAGACGAGUAAUACCACAAAAAUACAGAUGAGAGAGAGUGGAAAGUUCAAAGAUAUUUAAAGAGAAGCAUGAACAGUGAAUUAAAUUAAGCUCUCGCAGCCAUUACAACUGCUUUUGACUAAUUGGUUCCCUUUCCUUGCUGUGGAAGAAGCCUGUGGGCUAAUUCAGGUCACAGGAAACUGAUUUACAUGAAAGACCUUUCACACUGCUGAGGAAACUUUGUCCAAACUAUGUCCUCCCCUCCACGGGCCGAACAGUCUGUGCUAGCUGCACACUAAAGUGCAACACUUUUACACCUUUGGGGGACUUCACCAACUGAAACACACCAAAAAAUCUGUUAUCUUUAUCAGAACCAACAAGUCCUCCAAACCAUACGAUCGUAAAGGGUUGUUCAUUUAAACCUUCUAAUAGGACACAAAGGAGUGUUUUAUAACUUAGCGCCCAUAGCAGUGGCAGGAAAUAAGACACACAGGAGCGUUUUCCGUCGUAUCUAAACGUAACAGUUUGGUUAUUUGAAGCAACAAAAAUCCCCAUUUUCACAGAUAAACUCCAGACAAUGUCUGAGGUAUCAGGUCCAAACAUAGUCAGGAGUAACCCUUUCGCACAUGUAGCACACAGCAGGAGAUUGUCCAUGUCAAAUGCAUUCUCACUUACUGGAAACCACCACCCCAACCUUUCUUCUUAUGGGGAAUUUGGUGCUCUUAUAUGUCCUGCUUAGCUCCCAUCGCAAUUACUAUGGCCACUAGAGGGUGAUGCUGCCUAACAAUAAAACGUAAAUAAGGAUUGUAAUUGCGAUUGUACUAACAAAUUAUGGAGUCAAUUUUCAGGGCAGGACAGUCUCAUCAUUACACGGCUCACUGUCCCUAAAAUCCCUUUCAGAUGUCCCUGAUAUUGUUGCCAUUGACAGCUGUCAGCAGUAUGGCUACCUCAACAAGCUGUCAGACAGACACAGGUGUUUGGUGUCUGGAUAAGAAAAGCACAACAUUUAACAUGUGAUCCUUUUGAAACAAGAAAAAAAAGUUCACAUUGUAAUUAAAAAAGGGUCAAAAAUAAGUAGCAGCAAUUAUAAAUGCAAUAUAUGGAUCUGCUCAAAAUGACUAUAGUUCCCUUCUUAUUAGGCCAAUAUAGUUUGGUUGGAGUCUUUAUUGACUGCAGAAGUAAAAUGUUAUAUAUAUAUGAGUGUGUAAAAUGACUUACAUACCCUACUUGUCAUUUUAUUACUGAUUUUGUAUGGCUGUUUUGCUUGUGCAGGGACUUCACUUGAUCAGGUAUACAGUAUAUAUGAAUACAAAGAGGCAACAGUAAGGCUCCCAAAAUAGACUUUGUGUAUGAUGUAAAUACAGGUUGAUUCAAAUAAGCUCUCAUAAGAAUUUUAAGUGGAUUAAUGACAAAUUGAUAGUCAAAGGAUUGAGGGACUUUUAAUUAAAUCUAAGCAAUAUUCAUUAUAAUGGCACUGAGAUAUCACUAACAUCCACCGGGAAGGAAAGAAGAAUCAGUCACUCCUAACAGUUUUUUUCCACUGUUGUAAAUAUAAAGAUAUGGGAUCUGCAUGUGUAAAAAAAAAAAUAGUGUGAACAUACUAUGUUUCUUAUUGCAAGGCUUAUGCAAGAUUUUAUACUAUCAAAAUGCUGCUUUGAUCCUUUAACCACACGUCCACAGCGGAUAGAAAACAAAUCCAUAGUGCUGGAGACGCCUUCAGCUGUGAAGACUCUUCCAGCUCACGUUUGUCAUGUUUACACAUUUGGGUCACAGUGAGGCUGUGUGAAAUCCUUUCAUCAACACCUGCUUCAGCAGCGUUGGAGUAUCUGUAGUCGCCUCAGGGGUGCACUGUUUGACACCGUAACAGCGUUGUUGCAUUGAAAACCAGGUUGUCGUAUAGCAGGACCAAGACAGACAAAAGUGCAGAAAACCAACAUGUUGCAUGGGUGAAAAGAUUAAGCUCCACAUUUCAUCCAUUGAGAUGCAUGGAGCAACACAGACAUUUAAGAAAUUCAGGCCUCUGUAAAGCCAGAUAUCACACAUAAGUCAAAUAAUAUCCACAAAAAUGCUUAUAGUGUUGGCUUUAAUCUUCCUAGAAAAGAUGUCAACAGAGCAACUUUGAUAAAUGAAUUCAUGAUUUCAGUGGAAUGUGAAGUUUUCACAUUUAAGUACACUGACACUGUAUUUUAGAAGCCGGCGAUGCUGCUCGUCUCAGAUCUUUUGUGAAUAUAUCGAGUUGUUUUGAGUGAAGACGAAAUGUUUCAUUAUUAAUAUACAUCGCAAAGCCUCUGUUGGAGGACACUUGAGCAUUGUGCAGGGUGAAGGGGCAAGAGCCUCCUUUGGAUUUCAGCAUGUGCCUGUUGGAAUAUUAACAGCUGAUGAAGGCUUAAUGAAAGGAUUUCACUUUCCGUCAUUCAACCUUGUCAGUGGUUUUCUGUUUCAUUACACAUCAGAGCCGCUAUUCACAAAGCCUGUCAGAACAGAAGUGCUGAUCCGUGUGUGGGUAGGGCGAGAUUUAAUACAACGUCCUUUCAAUUCUGGUGGAUUCAAUCUUCUGUUAAUCUACUAUUCUCUGAAAUUCCAAAGAAUGUAAUGAAAAAGCAUGAAAUGAUGUCUGCGGUGUCGCAGUUUGCUGAUACCUCUGAUCAUAAUAGAAAUUUGCUUUAGCGCAAAAAUAUCAGAAGUACUGUCAACUGCAAUUCCUGACACAGAGAACAAUUAAUUUGAAUUCAGUCCAGUGCAGCUCAGUGGCUCGUACUGUGAUUGAAUUUAGUCUUAUCUUUGAUUCGUGACAGAUAUUUGGAGAAAAUAACUGAAAAAACCACUGAUGUUUGGCACUCUUAAGCUGAAAUACAGUAAGAAACACACAGCAGCACUCCUCCUCUGGGCUACAUGGAGAAUUAAUCAGAAAUGCAUUGCACGCUGUCUGCUUGAAAAUUACUUCGUAGUCACACGUCUGUUGCCAACGUGAUACUCCCAACACAUGUUUUUUUGCAAGAAAAAACAAAACAUAUUCCUAAAAAUACUUUUCAUAUAGUCAGUGUGUUUACUUUGGGACAAACGUAGCUCAUCCUAAACUAGUGCAUUUACUGGAGAGGGAAACAAAUGGCACCUCUUUUGAAUGAACAUGCUUGAAUACAUGUCUUUGUCAGAGUUUUUUGUAGCAUCACUUUAGCACCAUAAAGACGACACUCACUACUAAUGUGCUCACUGUUUCUCCAUACUCUGAUAUUAUAGCCUAUAUCUGCGGUCCCAGUGUAUACCUAAGAGUUAGUGUAACUGCAGCAUGCUGACCUGUAGAUUGCAUGUGGGACAGCAGCCGUGAUGCCGAUAGCUAAUAUUGAUAUUAGUCAUAAUAUAGUCUAUAAAAAUAAUAAUAAUAAUAUGAAUUGCACUUUUCUGUACAGCUGGCCUCCUGAGUCCAUCCUGAUUUUGUCACUGAGGUCUGGUCCUGGUUUCCCAUGAUCCUCCUGACUCAAUAUCACCUCUCAGAGUGAUAGUUAAAGGAGAAUACUGGUGUGUUUUUUUAUUUUUUAUUUUGCUGCCAAUUAUCUACAGAUUUUUUCAGAUAUUAUCUUUAUGUCUUGUAUUUGCUGCCAUUCAUAUUUUGCAAUUUAAAAAAAAUGUAUGAUUUGCCUUGAAGUCUCCAUUUGGCUUUUAGUUGUAUUUCAUUGUAUCUGAGUAUUGCUCUUAGUGUUUUAUGGUAUACUCUUAAUUCUGGAGGAAAUAAAAGUCUCCACCUAAAAAUAAUCACUGUAAACAUUUUGGCUCACUAUGUCACAUCAUUCAUGUUUAGCUUUAUUCAUCAAAGGCAUCUUUGCUGGGACAAACUAAUCUUUACUGUAAAACCAAUCAAAUGGCAUGUAUGUGGCACUAGUACUCUCCUUUAACGUCACUUCUGGUAUAAUGUGCACAGAUUUGAUGCUGAUGUUUAUUCAAUAAUUUCAACAAACAUUUAUCAUUCUAAUCAUCAUUAAAGUUUGCAUUGCAGGUUUAUUUUAUGUGGAUUUGGUAUUACGUUCACAUGUUGAAUGCCAUGCUAUUUGCAUCUAUAGUGAUUUACACUUUACAUAAUCUUUCUCCACAGAACAUACACUCUCGUAGUUGUAAAAUAAUUUUGGGAAACCCCGGAGUCAGGAUGGCUCUUGAGGCUAAACUAGAUCCUAUUAGUUGUUUUAGCUCAUAACUCAGGCAGGUGAAGUAUUAUCACUGUCAAUAUUACUGCUGUUGCUUGUGCAAAAAAGGCAACAUAAACCACUUUUUCAUUUUUUUCCUCCCAUUCAUUUGUGUGGUUGAUUUUCAGCCCAACAAUAACUCUUUAUUUAGCUAGUAUUCUGCAUGCUUGGAUAAAAGUCUUCUGUGUUGUGUUCGAGGUUUGAUUGACUUAGUGGAAUCCAGAUUUAUUCAGUUUAUAUUUCAUCACUGAUCAAACAAGUACAUUACACAUCAAAAACAUUGAAGUGUGAAUGUCUCAGGAUGUGCAAGUGCAAGUUUAGGUUGUAAAUGAAAAAAGAAAAGUUGAAAGGAGACAUUACAGUAUGAUUUUUGAUACUAGAAAUUCUGGUCACUGGUUUGUCUGCAUGUUGUUACUGGUUGUUGCUUUCAAUUUGAAAGAAAUUACGUGAAUGCUUCAUAUCUAAGAGUUCAGGUCUCAUUUGAUGUGUUUCCAGGUAAUCAUUGACUUUAACGAUACUUCACUGCACUGCCACGAACAAACAUCCACACCCCCUUGUUUGCUUGAAGAAUAAAUCAAUGAUUAUUUAUAUACCGGUACUAUAUAAGACCUUUUGGCAUCCUACAAAGAAUUUUAUAAAGCUUGUCUUUUUUUUCUGUAAUGAAUGAAUAAUUCCAA